GAACACGUUUCUAUUGACUGCAAACCUAUAUUUAAUUGAGAUUAGACAACCUCUAAUCAGAUAUUCUUCGCAGAAGUAACUAACUGCUACUUUUAGCUACGCAAAUAUAACGCAAUGGUGCAUAGGAUCGUUUGAUCAAACCCGGAACAAUUAAAACAAAUGGUUCAUUAAUCUCAAAAGUUGGUCUUUUCUCCCAUAAACCCAAUCAACUUUUUAAAACUUUCAUUUAAAAUAGAAAAAAUACGAUAUUUACAUUAUUUCAGCAAUUAAAAUGUUGGAAACAUGAAAUUGUUUGUAACAAUUUUCUUCAAUCUUUUCUCCAUACAAAAUUAGUGCAAACAUCUCAACAUCUCAACAUCUCACGUAAUUUAAUCUCCCCAUAAGAAAACCAAAAGAUCAAAUUUUUCAGUAAGCUUCUGCCUACGGCUUAUCUAUAUACAAUACUCAUAAUUACAAAUAAGAACUGCAGCUUUCUUAAAAACCUAGUCACUUGAUACCAGGCAAGAAGCCUACCUUUGUUAACAUCCUUAGCGUGAUGGAAUUAGAUAAAAAUAACAAAUAAGUUAAUCACGCCAUAAGAUGAACCAGAAUGACGGAAUAUGAGAUAAUACUCUAAUAACUCUAAUAAAAAAUGCACUCUGGAUAUUAGGGCACUUGUCACCUUAUGAAGGACACCCACCCUCCCGACAGGAAGCGUGAUUUACCUGAAAAAAAUAUUCCUUAGGAUGCGCAGAGCUGCGUGUGAUUUCUAUGCUUGAUCACAAAGCUGAAAGAUUUAAAAAAAAAAUGAAAAUAAAUAUAAAACUUACCGGAUAUGACGAAACAUAAGUAUAUAUAUCCAUCCAGGAGACAGACGGUGUUCGUAUUGCGCUUGGAGAGGACCUGUACCAUAAAAGAUAUAUACUUCUUUACACCAGAUUGUACGAAAGCAGUGCUUUCUGUUUUGUGAAUCGAUUGUGUCAUUUUUCUCUAGAAGUGAUUGUGUAAACUUGAAUCGACAUAAAUACUAACCAGUUCAGGUAUAAGGAGCAUUGUGAACAACAUUACGGUCGACUGAAGUCGACAUAUUUAUUUCUUGGUGAUUUUAGUGAUGAACCCAGUUAAUAGGGCUGCGAAUUGUACAGAGUUCAAGUAUGUCAAAGAACUAUCCCACUGAAAGUAUACUGUGAGAUCCUCAUGACAAGCAUACCUAAUCCAGGUAGUCCUUCACCACAACAUUCGGCAGUUCCUUCCCCCUGAAAGAAAUCCUGAAGUAAUCAUGAAAAGCAAUAUGGAACUUUAUUCCCAAGAUACAAUAAGGGACAAUAUGGAUAUUAUGGAAGAACGAAGAAAGAUGAGAAGAAGCGCUUGGAUCACCAUUGUCUUCGGAUCCUGUCUGAUACUCACGGGCUCUGCAGCGAUGCUUUUGCAAAUCAGUGCAGUCUGGGGGUUUCUACUCGUUCUUAUUGGAGUCAUCGAAAUAACACUCGUCGUCAUCAUAUGCGUCAACCCAUGCUCUGAUCUCGACGAUGAGCCUUUGGUGCCACACAAGGUACUUGUAUCAGUUCCAGAGACCCCUGUCGACUACCAACUCCUAAGGUCCAGCCAGUCUUUUGCUGAAUCAAAGCAGAGUAUCGUAAGAUAGUUUGAUGAUGUUGAAGCCUUUAUGUCAUUAGAAUGACGCUCCAGCCAUUACUGGGUCCCCUUUUUGGCUAGAAGAAUGAAUAUACAAAUUCUUUCUCUUUACUGAUUAAGACUGGACAGCAUAAUUUCAUAGAAAGAGCUCAAUACUUGGCAAUGUUGCAAUAUUGAAAUUGAAUAUCAUUUAACCAUAGAUUACAGGGUUUUACGUACGAGAUUAACCAUAAUGAUUGACCAUUCAAAUAAUUACAUAGCUAUGCUUAUGAAUGCACGUAAGGUCAUAGCUACAAAUAAAUGUGAACUUAUAUGAAGUCUUAUGUCUGAAAAUAAGAAACUUUAUUGUUGUGAUCUCAAGACUUUUCAGGCUGCCUCCAGAUCAUUAUCUAAGAGGUUUGAGUCUUCUUCGCAGAAAGGGAAAGUAACUAUAGGUACUUUGUUUUUUUCCAUCUGUCCAUCCGCCUGUGGUGUUUCCGUAUGGUAACACUGCGUCCCGGGCUUUAGAUAGCUACAUUCAGCUUAUAUUCGACAAUAAUAAUAAUAUCCUAUUCCGAAUAUUAACGGUGUACUUCGCAUACAGUAAAUUAUGAAAACACUUUUCAGUUGCAAAUGUACACCCAGAUAUCCUUUUAUUUACCUAAAACUUACUCAUACCGUAACUAUUUAAAACUUUUGACGCAGUGUUACCAUACAAAAACACCACAGGCGGAUGGACAGAUGGAAAAAAACAGAGUAUAGUGAAUAUUACGAUUUCUUUUCUAUAAUUCAGUUUUUCCUAUUUUCACAAAGGACAUGGAGGAGAAGGCGAAGCAUCGACGUCUUCCUUGUUAAAAGUCUAAGUCAAACUAUUGAGUUAUUUGACUGAUAAUUCAAAAAUAACACCAUUAAUAUAUAAUAACAAAACGCCUUCCUCGUUAAAAGUCUAACUAUUUAGUUAUUUGAUUGAUGAUCAAAAAAAUAUUAACAUCAUUAAUAUAUAAUAACAAAACGUCUUCCUCGUUAAAAGUCUAAUUACUUAAUUAUUUGGUUAAUGAUUAAAAAUAUCAACAUCAUUAAUAUAUAUCAACAAAACGCCUUCCUCUGUUAAAGUCUAACAAUUGAAUUAUUUGGUAAUGCUUAAAAAUAACAAUAUUAUUACUAUAUAACAAAAUGUUGCGAAUAAGGUACACGUAUUAAGAACGAUUUUUGGUUAGCGAAUACUGCAGAUUUUGUGUCAUAAAAAAAAAAAUGCAGACUUUUAGUCCCUGCAUGAUCCAUUGAAGCUCAAAGGGAAGUUUCGUCAGAAGGUGGUUCAUAUCAAAGAGUUCUGUUUCCUUUUAUUCAUACUUGAUUCUCGUCUAUUAUUCAACAGUUAGAGUCACGUAUUCAUAGAACGCUCACAUAUAUAUUUCAUCUGCAACUUUAAAGGCCAUUCCAUUAAACUUUAAUUUGAAGUGCUUGCGGAUACCACUUUUCCUUUUAGUCAAUAGCAUCUACCCAGUUAAUUUCGCAUACAAUAGAUAUCGUAAUUCAGUUACACGGUUAAGGUUAAUUUCAGAUCACGCAAUUAUAAAUUCAAGUUAAAGUUCUUAAGUUCUUUAUGCAAUUAGUAUUAACUGCUAAAAUAUUAAAAAAAUCCCUCAGUACUAUCAAGGCUGUAAACAGUUCCUUUGAAUGUUGUUUUUUAGAAAUGCAAUAUUUUUGUUAUAGAUUCUUAUUUCAAUUCCAUAUCCAUUGAAAAUUCACAAAGUUAAAAAAAUACCCUGCAUUUUUUCUCUUUCGCAGAUGGGAGCCUCUUAUUUCAAUGACGUAAACUCUGAUAUACGUAAAUUCUGAUCAGAAUCAUUGUCUCUUUUAAACACUUAAUGUUAUAUAAUCUAAUAAAAUCUAACUGUUAUUUGCUCUCCUCUCCAAUUCAGUAUUCAAAUGCCUGAAUUUAUUUGUUACUAAAAUUAUAUCUGUAAUAUUUACCGACAUGAAAUUUAUUUCAUACUAUUAAUUCUGGCGAAAUUUGCCUGGCUUGCAACAUUGGCGUAUUGUAAAGACAUUGCAAUAUAUAAGAAUUUCUGUUGCAUAUACGCGAUUAGAAGGUUACUAUCAUACUGCGUUUUAUCAGACUUGAAGGAAAAGUUUAUUUGCCUUUUUGACGAAUUUUCCCUUUCUGGAAACAUUCCUUAUCGCAAUUUCCUUGCAAUAUAUUGCAGUAUAGUGCGGUUGCUACUUUGAAUUUUAUUAUUGCUUGCAACAUUGCCGCAUUGCAAGGAUAUUGAAUUCUUCAUUAGAAGAACAUUCUUUUGUAUUUUACCCAGUUUGAAGGAAAAGUCGUUGUGACACCUAAAAUAUUUGUAGAGGCUACAACCUCAGUAUUUUGAUAAUUUAUGCCACGUUUGCAACAUUGCAAUAAUGUUAGAAUGUUGCAGCCAAUGUAAUUUCGACCGAAUUUUCUGCAUAAUAGACAAAUCGCUUUCCCUUCCUUUAGUUUGAAGCAAAAGGAUUAGUUCCCCCAAAACACAAUAAAUUGUCUUGCUAUUUUGCAUGCUAUGUGUUAUUUUGUAACCUUCCUGUAUUGUAAGCAAAUUAUAAUAAAUUGUGAU